UAUGAAAAACAAGAAAACAUCCACUAGUUCAGCUGUGUGACAAAAUUAUAGGCUGAACGUUUUCAUUUCGAAACAUCUGGUCCAUGACAUUUGAAACUUAAUCACAGCCUCUGAGUCACUUAUGGUGAUGUAUUUUCCCAUAAACGGACGGUUAGAGUCGCUUUAAGUUUGUGCUGUCACAGGGAAAGUUCAAAUCUCAACGAACAUAGCUUCAGAACAUGGCUGAAGUUGCGAUCGAUACAGAAAGCUCUAGAGACCCCAGUUCGCGACGAGGACGUCGUAAAAAGAGAAUGUCAAGAGAAAUUGACGAUUACACAAACGAAAGUAUAGAAUCACCGAGCUCUUUACCAGAGAGAAUUCCUCUUCAAGAUGUUGCAGACGGCGACAAAGGUGGAGUGACUCGUAGCGCGUCGAAUAAUUCUGGUGAUCAAGAGGGAAGCUCAGGGAUUCCGCAAUCAACUUCGGAAAGAAAAAACCGUGCUAGAAGACAGAGAAGAAGGUCCAGGAUGGAAAAUGGAGAUGUUUAUGAUGGAAUGGAGUCUAAAACACUAGAUAUACCAGAAAAGAAAAGAUAUAAACGCCCUGCAUCUGGUGUAACUCGUCAUGCCAGAUCAGCCAGUGCUGAGGUCAUCAAUAGGGACGAGGAGGAUAUGAUGGGAGAUAAUGAAAAUUUUACUCCUGCAAGGAGAAGGCCAAGGAGGAAAAGAACACAUGGCUCCCGAGAUGUCAUCAAUGGUGAAGAAUAUACUUAUGACUACGAUGGAUAUGACGGCCCAGGAGACUCAAAGAGGACAAGACCAAAGAAAAAUAAAACAAAGAAGUCUCAAAGACAGCAAACUGGAACAUCAGCUGAGGAAGACAACUAUAAUGCUGAUAAUGAUGAAGAAGCUUCAAUAGUUGACUAUUAUAAAGUGGACAAAGAAGACAUUGUCGUGAGCAACACCUCAGAAACAUCACCCCCUGCCCUACCCCCUGUGGCUCAGACCUUGCCAAGUCAACCACUAGAUGUUGUUUUUAUUGAACGAAGAGAUGGCCAGGGAUUUACACGGGAGAGAAAAACAAGGUUAAUGCAAAUGGAAGAGGAGAGAAAUAAAGAACCUGAAAAGAUUCCCUCCUCCAUGCAGAUGACAACUGCUGAAUUUGCUGUGUCAGUGCAUAAAGCCUUUAGAUCUUUUUCUGUUUUCUGCCAUGGACUUCUUGCAGGUCUAGCACUUUGCCAGGUCAUCUUUGUUUACUCGCUUAGUAAUAACAGUGAAGGUGAUGUGGUCUUCCUGGAAAACUACUACAAGUUGGCACAACCUUUACAGUCACUAUACUACAUGCUGUUUGCAAUCUGUACAGUGUCUGUCUUUGACAGAUACGAUAUGGCAAAUCCACGGUCUGGCUUUUUCCGGGACUUGCUGUCGAGACCAUCUAGAAUUCUUUCAAUAAGUGCAUACCUCUUUGCUAUGGUCUUUUCAAUAAGUGUGGCCAACAUAGACGACAGAAUCAGUUUGUACAAGGUACACAGCGACUUAUGGGGACACGCGGAGACUUCUUCGUUGUUGGAUACUUGGAGGAUCAUCAACCUCAUGCGCGUGUUAGGGGCCGUGUUAGGCUGGGUACUAGUAUCAGCUCAGCCGUCAGACGAAUGUACGGCAGAGAACUUGUACGAGGGAGAACUGCUGCCCGGAGAACAGAGACUCGUGCAACAACGAGCAGCCAAAAGUGAACCUCAGCUUGUGGUGUAAUCAUGUGAAAACACGGUUGGAGACUGGUUCGAGCUACACCCAAACUUGAGUCGUUUCACACUCAAGACGUGUUUAAAAGACACGUGACAAGACGGGAAUUGUAAACAAGGAAUGUUACGUAUGAGUGCAGCACAAGAGGUCGCUUGUAGUUUCAUCUGUUUUUUGGACGACAACGAUUCUCUGAAUUUUCUUACAAUUUAAGCCACAAGCAUAUUGCUAAAUGCUGUAAAUAACGUCUCCAGUUAACCUUUAAUUAUUGCACCGAAGGCGACCAUGAUGUAUCUGUUCUUUAAAUAGAGAUAUUGUUUAGACUUUCAGAAAUACCUGAAGUUUGAAAUUUAGUAAUAAAAAAAGUACUCUGUACGGAAA